AUGAUAACGACGACAAAGAAGACUGAUCUUUUUUGUAGAUUAAUUCAUACAACAUACAACAACAACAACAACAACAACAACAACAACAACAACAACAACAACAUGUUGAAUUGUUAUAUAAAUAGAUGUAUUACAUCUUCUCUUCUUAGACCAAUAAUAUCAUUGUCUGGUGCUGGUGCUGCUAGUGGCUGCACCCUCUCUUCGUUGUCGACCAACACAACAACAACAAGCAUUACAUACCACCACCACCAACAACAACAACAACACAAUAAUAAUACCUCUAGUUACAACAAUAACAAUAACAAUCAAGUUUAUUAUAGUAGUAGUAGUAGUAGUAGUAGUAAUCUAGCAACAUUCUCUACCUCUAAUAAUACAUCUCAUCACAACAACAACAACAACAACAACAACAAAGCAAUUGAUCUCAACUUCUCAUUGAUCAAUGCACCAACCAAUAAUAAUAAUAAUAAUAAUAGUGCACACAAUAUUAUCAUUCUUCAUGGUUUAUUUGGUGCUGCUUCCAAUUGGAGAUCGAUAUCACCUAAAAUUGCACAAGAAGCUAAUUCAAUGGUAGAAGAUAUCAAAGCGUUGGUUGAAAAGCAUUCAAUCAAGAAUCUAUCAUUGGUAGGUCAUAGUAUGGGAGGAAAGGUUGCAAUGCUUUACUCUCUUUUCUAUCCAAAUACAAUCGAUAAACUAAUCAUUGUAGACAUAUCACCAAAUACUCUUACACAAUCUACUUUACAAGACUUUACAAAAUAUUUAAAGGCAAUGCAAUCACUCGAUCUAAAUACUUUAAAAUCAAGAAAAGAAGCUGAAGAUUAUUUCCUUCCAAUUGAAAGUAAUACAAUUGUUAGAAGAUUUUUAUUGACCAAUUUGACGACAUCAAAUGAUGGUAGCGGAUAUAAAUGGAGGAUCAAUGUUGAUUCAAUACUAUCUAAUCUAGGAGAACUAUCAAAAUUCCCAGCCGAUCAAUCACCAACAGCCAUAUCCAGUAAAACAUCACCACAAUUCUUUGGAGAUACAUUAUUUGUAGGUGGUGGCAACUCCAACUAUAUCAGACCAUCAGAUCAUUCACUUAUAAAGAAAUAUUUCCCCAAUGCCACCAUUGAAAUGGUACCAAACACUGGUCAUUGGAUACACGCAGAAUCACCUCAACUAUUCACUCAAAUCGUUUCAAACUUUAUGAAAUAUUCUUCUAUUACUGGAGUUUAA